AUUAACCCACCAACUUCCGCACACAAUCUAAGGUUCACAAGAACUCUAGAUUAACACUCAUUUUCACGUUUUCAAAAGAAACGAAAAAGUUUUUAAAUCGUAACAAAGUCUAUUCAGCCCCCCCCCCUCUAGACUUUGUAUCUCACCACUUUGGGACCACCAAUUGGUAUCGGAGCACACUUCUCACUAUCUACAUUUAGAUUAAAGAGAAGCGAUCACAAUGGUGAACAAUAUGGAUCACGGUUUGCCCAAGUUUUCUCUUCUAGGUUAUGAUGAUUGGAAGAUCAUGAUGGAAGCACACCUCUAUGCUCUACAUGAUUCCAUCUUCAAGACACUUGAUCCCAUCACCUUCUCCAAGAUCAAGCAUUUCAAGACUGCCAUGGAGAUAUGGCAAGGUCUUGGGAAGUUAUCGAAAAUGAAGAUUGUUGGAGCGAAUGUUCAUUUCCAGAAAUUAGAAGCCAAAUGUUCUUCACCGGCGUUCUAUCAAACUUAUUUGGAGAUGAUUGCUGCACAGGAACUCUCCGAAUUCCUUCAUCUGGAAAUCGGCUUCAAGUAUGAAGAAGAAGUUCUUGAUUCCUACAAGAACGGAAAAGUCACAACGGUUCAAUCCAAGAAGAAUCCACAGAGGACUAUUUCAGUAAUUAAGUCCACUGUUGGAGGCACCAAGGUGAAGAUUUCUCAGAAGAAAUUGAAGAAAAAGCUCCAUCUUCCCAACUCCGGAAUUGAAAUUGGGAAGCUCUCGUCCAAGAAUCUGGACUGGAAAACUAUUGGGAUUUCUAGACGAAUCCCCUCUGGCCCAACAAAGAAGACCGAUCUGAAGAAUGACUACAAACUGGUCUUGGAACUGGUCAUUGCAUGUCUUGAAUGUGGCAGUGGAGGACAUGCAGAUGACAUAACUCAAGAAAGGGCAUUCAUCAUCAACGCCCUCAUUACCAGAACAAAGGUAAAUUGGGCUAAACACUUCUUCAACUCUGUUUCAAAACAUUUAGGGAAGCCCAAGCAGAAAUAUCUCUGUCAAGGAUUAUACUUUGGGUACAUUUUGGAAUCCUUGGGUGUUGCUUCUGAAAGCAAGAAGUAUGAUGCCAGAUAUUGGCUCUACUAUCUCUCUUCUAAAGGAGAAAAUAGAGCUAGUUCAGCUGCAGAAGAUGAAGGCUCUUCAAACAAUGUCCUGAUCCUCUACUAUGAUUGGAGAGCUUGGAAGGUUGGAAACUCUGCAGAUCAGUUACAUGAAUGUGAUCAACAACUAAAGAAUGAGAAUAUCAUCAAGAGAUGUUUGGGACUGCCAAUCAACUACUGUUGUGAGCAAAUUCUGGAUGAUGAAUGGGUCUGGCAGAAAACCUAUGAAGAUCUGCAUCUGGAAUACUUGGCCACCUCUCCAACUUCAGAGUUUGAAUCUGAUGAUGAGGACCCAGCAGUCUACAAACCAAUCCUCUCAAAGCCAACUGAAGAUCACACUGUCCUCACCACUGAAGCACAGGCUGACAUGGAAACCACAGCAGAGGAUUUCCAAGUUUUUCCGGAAACCUCCCCUGCUUUUGAAACUGUUCUGCCUGAAGCUGUCCAGGAAAAUGCAGCCUCUCCCCUGCAAGAACAGAAUCAGGAAACUUCAAAAGAAGAACUUCAGCAAUUCCUCCAAUCUCAAGUUCAAGAGAUCCUCACAACCCCUUUUGAAGUCCAAAGAAGCUUUGAAGAAGCUGAAGAAGGAGCUCAAAUAGCUAGGCUGGAGGCCUCUGAACCUCCAGUAGCUAUCUUUGAGCAGCAAGCUGAAGAUGAAGUCAGAGAUUCCCUCUCUAGGGAAAUCUCAAAUUAUGGAAAUGAAGAAAUAGAGGAAGAGUCAGUGAAGACCCUGAAGGUUGAUGAAGAAGAAGCUGAGCAAGGAGAUGAUGCUGAAUCUCUCUCUCUGCAACUCUUCCAUAGAGUACCUUCUUCAAAUCAGGUAAAUUUUCACUUUCACAGCUCUUCAGCAACCACACUUCCGGAUGAGAUACCGGAAACCUGGACAAGGAAGGUCCAAGGGUUAAUUGAAUUUGUCCUGAAGUCUCAGCAUGCCUCUUUUAUGCAAGAGAUAGAACAGAUGGAAACAAGGCACAACCAAAUGGUGGAAAAAUCUGAAGAAAAGUAUUGCUCAAAUCUCUACGAGAUAAGCAAAUCUGUAGACAAAACUCUAGAGAUCAUUUCUCUAUUGAAAGCAGUAGGAACCAUUCCCUCCCACUUCACAAAUGAUUCCCAGACAGAAGAGAGAUAUAACAACCUCAAGUGCAUCCAGGAAGAGUGUGGAGUUAUGCAAGGCAUUGAACAGAUACUAGAACCUGGAGCUGAAACCCUUGAAAUAGAUCAUGAGGUACAAUCUGCAAGCGACCAGUAUACAAAUAUGGCAAGAGUUGAAGCUUUGGCAACCACCAUUGUUAAUGGUAGGGAUGCUAUGGCUCCCGAGCCAGCUGGCAGUGCUGAAGUCAAAGCUUUGUUGGUAGAGCUUGAACAAAUCUGUGUUGGUGAGGAUGCUCAGGAGACCAUCCAAAAUCCAACUUACAUCGACCCUAAUUCCGAGAUUGAACAAAGCUGUGUGGCACACAAACUGUCCCCAAGACAGAUUUGGAAGGCACACAGUAAUGACCAAACUACUAUCGGCCCUAUUCUUCAAUCUUUUAAGGUGGACGGACAGCACUAUGAAAUCAGGUCCUAUGAAGAAGCGGAGACAAGUAACCUAAGGGAGGACCCUAACGACUUCCAAGAUGUCCAGAACAGACGCAGCAAAAAAGCGGGGAAGAGGGGAACUGCACCAAGGACGAUUAAAACUAGAAGCUACGAUCCAAAUCUUGAAGUUGGAACGGUGAGCGAGAUCACUAGAUACUGGCCCAGCCGCAAAUCAACCACAAUGGAGAAAAUCGUCACCACCAAAAGUUAUUCUGGGCACUUUUGGUAUGUUGGACCCGUCGGCCCAAUUGGGGCAGAUGGGAAAAGGCCAAAGAAAAUAAUGCCCAGAAACCUUGCCUUGGAUCAGCACCCGGGUUUUAUAAUUUGAGAAUGACCAUAUGUAGUUCUUUCGAUUCACUUCUCAUUCAGUUUUGUUUUCAUGCAUUUCUAGAGGGGCAUUGGCCUAGUCCUCCCCUCCGCUGUACCUUUCUUUCUUCUUAUUUGAAUAAAAAUUUUGUUUUAAU